CGAACGAGGGGAUACACACAAAAGAUCAGAUAAGUGUGGGUAAGACUGUGGACGAUGGUGAUGCUCGAGCUGAAGAGAGGCCUGCGCGGGACCGAUGAGGGAGGAUGUUGUGCGUGCCGACGUGGCAAUGAGCUGUGGCGGUGUGCGCGGAAUCAAACAGAACACUGUGGGCGAAGCGGUCCGAAGGUCAUGGAAAGUUGCCUUUUCAGGCAAGUGGGCGCAGCCGCAGGCGCACAGAGCGCGCGCUCGGACGUCUCACCGGGGCCGUCGUGAUUGGCCCAACGGAUUCAUGAGAUCAACCGCAAUUUUGAUCUCGAGAACCGACACGCGAUCCGGGCAGUCGGACUGUCGCUGCUGUCCUGGGCGUGAUCCCUGCGCUGCGUCAUGCCAUCAUGCAUGGCGGUGUGCCAGUGCGCGGGUCCAAAGUUUGGCUCAGAUCAAGCUCAGAUGCGGGUUUUUCCUGCUUUUUUGUUUUCGCUCGUUGCAAAUUGUGGGUGUCUCGGACUCUUCGGGGCAGCGGCGCUGCGCUUGCCUCAAGCCUUACCCUGGAAUGGUGGCUCGGAAGGGACAUAUAUACCCGGGGCGACGUGCGAUCAUUUGCAACGGCCGCCACAGCACGCGGCGGGCGUUGCGAGACGAAGCAGCCGAGUUCUUUCUUGAUCGACAAAACACCUCCCGAGUCCGACGGCAGGACGCGGGCAGUAUCUCCAAGUGGUUAGGCCGGAGAUCAUGAUCUGCAGCUUCAAGUUCAAAUUGUACACACGCACGGCGGGUGAUCGCAUGCGCGGGCCCUUUCAUAUAAGUAUGUAACGCGUGCAUGUGCGGCCAAGUACGUUAUGCAGUCUUACUUCAUCUCGGAUGAGCCCUAGGAAGCAUGCUAAGUUAUAGGACUCCAGGCGCACGAUAUGAACCCGACAUGGCUUCCGAGGGUGCGAGCUAUUCCUGCC